GUAUUAACAAAAUAAAUAAUAACUUAAUCAUUUACAUAAGUGUACCUAACGGUGCAGGUUAUAUAUUUACAUUUAAGUAAUAAAACAGUCCACAUUCCACAAUGUCGAAACAUAACUUGAUGUUUCAUCCUAUCAUCAGCUCAAUACAGAGGAUUGCACUUUACGAAACUAAAGCUAGAUUUUAUCUAAUUGGAUCAAAUAACACUCAAACCAGGUUUCGGGUACUUAAAAUAGACAGAACUGACCCAAAAGAGUUAAUUCUAGUCGAUGACAAAGUAGAGUACAAUAAGCAGGAGAUCCAUCAACUGCUGAACAUGAUUGGCUUUGGGAACCGAAGUGGCAGGAAUGCAGGGUUUAAUAAGCUGGUGUCUGCAUUUGGUAUUGUGGGUUUUAUCAGAUUCCUAGAAGGCUAUUACAUUAUCUUGGUCACAAAACGAAGAAAAAUCGCUGUUGUCGGCUCCCAUUCCAUUUACAAAAUAGAAGAUACAUCUAUGAUCUACAUUCCAAGUGACGUAAGCAAACCACAGCAUCCGGACGAGCAGAGAUAUCUGAAAAUGUUUCUGGCUGUGGAUUUGUCUACAAACUUCUACUACAGUUAUAGUUAUGAUAUCACACACACUUUACAAAUGAACAUGGCUCCACCGAGACAACUUGCACCGGUGCUGUUCCCUAAGCCAGUGACGGCAGCAGUGUAUGAAUCUUUACAAUCUAGUGGAGACACUCAAAAGCAAUGCAUUUGUGAGAUGAAAGAAGAUGAUGAAGACAUUUUUGAGACUUGGAAGAGGCAAUUGCAGCAAAGGAAAGAAAAAACUGGGCAUUCAGCUCAAAAACUAGACAUAGGAAUGCGGACUGUACCUGAAUGGCGUUUUGUAUGGAACAGUCACUUGUUAUCAGCGGUGCACUCACAUCUCCACCCAGACUGGAUCCUAUACAUUGUCCAUGGCUUCGUAGAGCAGAGCAACCUUAACAUAUUUGGCAGACCGGUUUAUUUAACGCUUAUUGCCAGAAGAAGUAACAGAUAUGCAGGCACUAGGUUUUUGAAAAGAGGAGCUAAUAUGCAUGGAGAUGUAGCCAAUGAGGUUGAAACUGAGCAGAUUGUUCAUGACUCAAUGGUGUCUUCAUUUAAAUCUGGCAGAUUUAGUUCCUUUGUUCAAAUGAGAGGAUCAAUACCCAGCUAUUGGUCACAAGACGUGUCAAAAAUGGUGCCUAAACCAGCAAUUUCGAUAGACCUCAGCGAUCCAUUUGCAGAAAUUCCUGGUAAACACUUGAACAACAUGAUGCGACGUUAUGGGUCGCCAAUAAUGUUUGUUAACUUGGUUAAAAAAAGGGAGAAGAAGAAACAUGAGUCACUGCUCAGUGAUGUGAUAAGCAAUGCCAUAAAGUAUUUGAACCAGUUCCUUCCGCCUGAGCAUGCAGUACAGUAUAUUCAUUUGGAUAUGGCCAGGAUGAAUAAGGGUGCUGAUGCUAUGGUUUUGGACAAGUUAACAGCCAUAGCCAAAAACGUGGUCCGUCGCACGGGCAUGUUUCUGAGCACCGGCGCGUGCUGCGACACCGGCGGCGCCGCGGGGCACCAGGCCGGCCGCCUGCAGACGGGCCUGGCGCGGGUCAACUGCGUGGACUGUCUGGACAGGACCAAUACCGCUCAGUUCGCUAUUGGCAAGUGCGUGCUGGCUCAUCAGUUACACGCCUUGGGAUUCAUCGGCGAGCCAGUAAUAGAGUUCGAUUCGGACUGCGUGAGACUACUAGAGGGUCUUUAUGAAGACCACGGAGAUACGUUGGCGCUACAGUACGGUGGUUCACAGUUGGUGCACAGAAUAAAAACGUACCGAAAAACUGCUCCCUGGGCGUCCCACGGCAACGAUAUCAUGCAGACUCUGAGCCGGUACUAUUCCAACACGUUCUCGGAUGCUGAGAAGCAGAACAGCAUGAACUUGUUCUUAGGCCUGUUUGUGCCUGACCCACUCCAGCCGCCCAUAUGGGACUACCAGAGCGAUUAUUAUCUACAUCACCCAGAGGCUAUGGUGUACAUUCCUAACUACAGAUCUCUCACCAAAUGGUGGGACGACGACGUGCUACGCCAUCUGCCGGUGGCGCGCAACGAGAUGCGCAAACUGUGCUGCGAGAUCAUCGGCGUGCAGCGCGAGCACAGCGCCGCGCUCGAGAUGGUGGACGCCUACAGCGACCAGCACCGCCCCUUCGAGUACACCGUGUUCGCGGAGUGCUUCGAGUUCAAGGCGAGUACUGUGAGCUCCCACGCGAGCUGUGCUGCGAGAUGCGAACUGUGCUGCGAGAUCAUCGGCGUGCAGCGCGAGCACAGCGCCGCGCUCGAGAUGGUGGACGCCUACAGCGACCAGCACCGCCCCUUCGAGUACACCGUGUUCGCGGAGUGCUUCGAGUUCAAGGCGAGUACUGUGAGCUCCCACGCGAGCUGUGCUGCGAGAUGCGAACUGUGCUGCGAGAUCAUCGGCGUGCAGCGCGAGCACAGCGCCGCGCUCGAGAUGGUGGACGCCUACAGCGACCAGCACCGCCCCUUCGAGUACACCGUGUUCGCGGAGUGCUUCGAGUUCAAGAUGUGCCACACUCUCAGAGACUUAGCGCCAACGUUCACUGAAAACUUUAGCCCGUUUGUGGUGCGAGGUCGAGCGCUGGGCCAGAACAAAGGACCCACGUCCAAGAAUCCUGUAAUCAGUGGUCGAUCUAGCACAACGUCUAAUAAUUCAAGCGACUCCAACAGCGACUCGUCAACGGACGACGACUUAACUAACUCGUUUCCGAGUCGCCAAGUGACGCCUUCGCCGCUUACCAUAGUGGCGCGUUUACUGGCAUCAGAGGUACAGGACGAUACGCCGCCCUUCCCAGCUAUCAAGCGCGCGAAUAGGGUCCUACUGAAAGAGCCUUCCAAACGGGACAUGAUCAUAUACAAACGCUACGUGAACUUCGAGAAGCGCUCCAACCCCAAAUACAAGUCUGACAUCCACGUGGUGAUGACUGUGAGCAGCGCCUUCACCAUAGACAGCUCCGUGGACAUGAUCCCGCCGACCGUGUCCCGAGCCUCCAAGCAGAUGUACCAAGACUACGUGCGGAGAACCACGGGACACACCACGCUAUCGCCGUCUUCCCUAGCCGCCUACAAGAAAUAUGUUAAUUUCGCACUGAAUUAAUUUGCUUAUACUUUGUAAAAUCAAAUUAGAUCUCUUUAAUGUUAUUGUAUUAAAUUAAUGUAUCUCAUGUUA